GUUAUCUUUUGCAAAAGUUAUGGCAAAGAGCAAAGAUGAUAUUACUUAUGGGACAGCUCAAGCAAGACUAUCUGAAGAUGAUACUCUUAGAAUAAGGUACAAAGUAGGAACUCCUCUUGAAGGAGGAAAGAUUGCUGACUCUCAACCUGUUGAUCUAUUCUCAAGUGCUCGUAAUAUUGAGAAUCAACAAGGCAAGAUUGCUGAUUCUCAACCUGUUGAACUCUCCUCAAGUGCACAAAAAAUUGCAGCAGCAAAACAAAAACAAUCCCAACAAGAAGAAAAACCUAAAGAUGCUUCUGAUUUGGAGGGAAUGAAUACUUACGUUUAUGAUGAUGAGAAUAUGGAUAAAAAUUUGCCUCCAGCAGCUGCAACACUUUUGUUUGAUAGCAAGAAGGCUGAUAAUUGGACAACAAACCCUCCUUGA